GUGCAGCGCAUGCCCGCCGGGCCUCAAGGGUGCCAGUGUUCGCUGGAGUUAGGACGCCCACACACCUACGCUCGAUUCUACUGCUGAAACAGCGUAAAAAUCCUUUUUUCUCUUUUUGAGAUUCUACAUUUGAGAGAACACACCAAGCUUCUCCUAAUUCAAGACAAUGACUUCAGCGGCAGAGAAGAAACUGAACCUGGAGCGAGCCAGCAACUUCAUGCGGCAGUACCGCGACCCCCAGUCGCGCGAGCUCAAGAAGUUGUCGGCCAACCAAUUUAUGGAGGUGUGGAGUCAUUAUGAUAAAGAUGGAAACGGCUACAUCGAGGGAACAGAACUCGACGGUUUCCUCAGGGAAUUUGUUUCGAGUGCAAACGCCGAAAACGUUAGCCCAGAGGCCGUGUCUGACGCUAUGCUGGUGGAACUCAAACAGUGCUUCAUGGAAGCUUAUGAUGACAACCAAGAUGGCAAGAUUGACAUUCGGGAGUUAGCUCAACUGCUGCCUAUGGAGGAAAACUUCUUGUUGCUCUUCCGUUUCGACAACCCCUUAGAGUCAAGUGUGGAAUUUAUGAAGAUUUGGCGGGAGUAUGAUACUGAUGGCAGCGGUUACAUUGAGGCGGAUGAAUUGAAAAAUUUUCUACGAGACCUACUGAAAGAAGCAAAGAAAAUCAACGAUGUGUCGGAAGACAAACUCAUCGAGUACACUGACACUAUGCUGCAGGUUUUUGACGCCAACAAAGAUGGCAGACUUCAACUCUCAGAAAUGGCAAAGUUACUGCCAGUCAAGGAAAACUUCCUAUGCCGACAGGUGUUUAAGGAUGGGAUUGAAGGAGCAACUAAGCUGACAAAGGAUGAUAUCGAGAGAGUGUUCUCUCUAUAUGACAGAGACAACAACGGUACUAUUGAAAAUGAAGAGCUAAGAGGAUUUUUAAAAGACUUACUGGAAUUAGUUAAAAAGGACUACGAUGCACAGGACCUUCACGACUUUGAGGACACAAUCCUCCAAGGUGUCGAUUACAACCAAGAUGGUAAAAUCAACAAAAAGGAGCUGACAAUGAUACUGCUUGCGCUUGCAAAACACAACCAGGAGGAAGAGUCUAGCGCAUAAACACGUCGAUUUCUGCAAGAGAUCCAAUGUGCCGUGCAUGUGUGUACGUGCCGAUCCCGGCGUCGACCUGCAGUGUCUCGCCCAGCUUGUCAUUGUUGUCGUGUCCAAGGUCACGCCACGUCACAUCGCGUCGUGCCAGAACCGGCUUUACAACACUACUCAAAGACUGUCGAAGCUGGGUCUUUCCUCGCAACCGUUUUACAUAUUUAUACCAUCUAGUGUUUAAUUUAUAGACAGCGUUGCGGCCAUAGGCUAUGGUGUCAACCCCUCCUUACAGCCGUGUGUGCUUCUGUACGUUAGGUCUGAGUAAGUUUCUCGCUCCGAAAAAAGAAACAUUAGCCUAAAUUAAAUUAUUAAUACAUGAGGAUACUUUGUACCGUCAAAUUGUAACAGUUUGGAAAAGUUGUGUUUCAUUCGGUAUUAUACAAUAAUGUAAAAGUUCAGUUAGUUUGUUCCUGAAAAAAAUUGGGGAAUAUAAACAAUUAAUUGUGUUCAAUUAGUUAAAAACCAUUUUUUUGUAGUGAACAUAUCAUAUAAAACAGAUACAGACUGAACUUAUUUUUAUAAUCAACAAAAGUAUUUUUUAUCGAAUAAGUAAUUAUUCCUAACUUAGUUCAUUUCUUCAAAGCAGUCUACUUUCGUCUGUAAAUAUACUUUAAUCUACUCAAUAAAUGGGAUUAAAAGUUGAAGAUGCUUAAAGGAAAGGGACGGCAAAACUUUCUCUUACAAUCUUAACUGUAAACUGAUUCUUUUUCAAAGCUACUAUAGGCAAAAAGUGUAACUGAGUAUUUAAAAUACUCAACAACAAAAAUAUGACAAAUGUUAAUUUAUUUAAGCGCACUAAUCUUCUUCCUUCUUAUGCACAAAAGCUUUAUAAUGCACAAAGCACCUAUUGCUCAUUUAAAACUAACGCAUAGCUAGUGAUUUAUUCUAUACUUAUUGUACGAAACGAUGUAAAAUAUAGCAUUUGAACAGUGUAAAACUAGAGCGGGAUUAGAUGUAGAUAAGUUCCUAAUUGCCAGGAUAUUAGAGUACUUUUUCAGUAAAGCGUUUAAAUUGCUAUCAUUUCAUCUGUGAUAUAAUUCAGUGUGGUUUUUGACGUUUAGGAUAUAUUUCUGCGUAUGGAACACUAAUUCCUUCUAUUCUGUAAAUUGUCUUAUCAAUGGGUACGGUUUAAAUUAUUUAAAUCAUAUUUUAUCUUCUACCUGUUGCUUUGGUGUAUUAAAGUUUAAUUUCGCUCUCAGUUGCUGUAUAGACUGUAAGGGCUCAACUUUGAGCUGAAAUUUAACAGCCCAGCUCUCCUAGAUCAAUUCUAGUCGGUACCAGAAAUAGGCAUUUUAAAUUUUCCUCAUUACACAGUAGCUUAGCGCUUUUACGUCUAUAACUGGUUCGUAACGCUUCUUUCUUAGCAUUAAGGAACGGAUGGUACUGUCACUUGUACGCAUGGAACUCGACCUUUGUCUCUUUAAAUUAUAUUUUAUCAUUCAACUACAAUAAUCUUAAAUACUAGCAUUAUAAUUUAUUUGCAUUAUUCUUGUAUACUUUUCAUAUUCAAGUACAGUAAUUUUAGUUACAGUAACAAAAACUACUGAAAUAUUUUUAUUAUAAAAAUAGCAUAAUAUGCUUCUGAAAUCUGUAUCCAAACACAACUGUAAGAACCAACAGGUAUCAAAUUUUCAUUUUGCGUUCCCUCUACAGUUCCAUUGUUUAAAAUAACAGUACAUGUAAAUGUCUUUUUUGUGUUUAAAUUAGGUCCAAUCGUAACUCCACUAUUGCAGAACUGGUUUAUAAUGCAUUCCAUAAUUAAUUAUUAUACUGAAAUAAUUUUUACGAGUUGCGUGUUUGGCAUAGUUUUUUGGAGAAAAAUCUAGAUCAGACGUGGAUUAGGCUUAACUUCAAAAUAUUACAACAAUUUCGCCAAAUUCUUAUAUAGUUUAUAGAUUUAAAUACAUGUUACUAACCAAAUAGUAUUAAUGUAUAUAUAAAGUUUUAUAUUGACGUUAUUGAUGUUACUUAUGAUGUAGGAAUAGUUUAUUUCGUAAACAACAGUAUAUAUUCAUAUAUUACUGAGAACGUUUCAAGGGAAAUCUACACCGAUGAGAUUUGUAGUUGUAACCUCUGGAUUAACAUUGUAGGCUACAUUUUAAUAGUAAUAAAAUAUAAUGAGCAUAUCACAGAAAGGUUUUCUACCAAUUACACAAGUUUCUGACUGUCUUAUGUAACAUUAAUUUAAGUACUAUAUGUUUAAAUAUACACUUUAAAACUAUUUUACACUCGUAUCCAAUAAAUAAGAGCCGACCAAAGAGACUAAGCAUUAAAAAUUACAAUAUUACUUAAUAUUUUAAUAUUACUCUGCAGAUCGCUACAUUAUCAAACGUGCAGGAGCUAUUUACAAAUGUUCAAUAAAGGUGGGUGUUAGGUGUCUGUACAAAUUUAGCUUUUUAAUUUAAGUGAUUUAAAAAUGUUGAAGUCAAACAUCUAUUAUUGUUUAAACUUCUUAGAUGAUACAAAUCUAAUUGAAAUAACAAAAAUAAUGCAAAUCUCCUCUUACACGAAUGAUAGUACACUUAUGUUCUCAAAUAAUGUCUCAAAUGUAUUGAUAAAGCCUUACACAGAAAGAACAUAUAUUUCUUAAACACUGUUUGAGGUAGAAAAAACUAAUCAUCCAGAGGUUAGAACAUAAAAGCUCGACUGGGUUGUUGGGCGGGUUAUAUUAGCUAUUAUAUACAUCUCUUAAAGUUAUUGUACACGGAUAAUUUGUUAUGAUAUUAGUAUUUGCCUCUGUGAAGCUCCUUGCUAGGAAUGUGUCCCAUGUUUGUAAUGUACCUACCAUAUGGGUUCAACUGUGAUGUAUUACAUAUUUAUUCUACUUUGUUAGUUUCAAAAGUGUAUAUGUUGUAGAUUGCUGUUAUCUAUAAACUGAGAUUUUAUUUUUAUGGCCGUCUGUAGUCGGCUGUUUCUAUAUUUUGUAAGUGACUUAUGUUGUGCUUCAAAGUUUAAUGAUUUGUUACAAUAAAUAUAGCAAACGUU